AUGAACUCUUCCUGUUGCCUGUUCUCUGCUUAUCCGAUGCUGCCUAACCUUUCAGAGCACGCUGCAGCCCCUUCUGCCAGCAACCGGAGCAGCAGCGGGUUCUGCGAGCAGGUCUUCAUCAAACCGGAGGUCUUCCUGGCGCUGGGCAUCGUCAGCCUGAUGGAGAACAUCCUGGUGAUCCUGGCUGUGGUCAGGAACGGCAACCUGCACUCCCCCAUGUACUUCUUUCUCUGCAGCCUGGCUGCAGCCGACAUGCUGGUGAGUGUGUCCAACUCCCUGGAGACCAUCAUGAUCGCCAUUAUCAACAGCGACUCCCUGACCUUGGAGGACCAGUUCAUCCAGCACAUGGACAACAUCUUCGACUCUAUGAUCUGCAUCUCCCUGGUGGCCUCCAUCUGCAACCUCCUGGCCAUCGCCGUGGAUAGGUAUGUCACCAUCUUCUAUGCCCUUCGUUACCACAGCAUCAUGACCGUGAGGAAGGCCCUCACCUUGAUCGUGGCCAUCUGGGUCUGCUGUGGCAUCUGCGGUGUGAUGUUCAUCAUCUACUCUGAGAGCAAGAUGGUCAUCGUGUGCCUCAUCACCAUGUUCUUCGCCAUGGUGCUCCUCAUGGGCACCCUAUACAUCCACAUGUUCCUCUUUGCCAGGCUCCAUGUCCAGCGCAUUGCUGCGCUGCCGCCGGCUCACGGGGUGGCCCCGCAGCAGCACUCGUGCAUGAAGGGGGCUGUCACCAUCACCAUCCUGCUGGGGGUGUUCAUCUUCUGCUGGGCACCUUUCUUCCUCCACCUGGUCCUCAUCAUCACCUGCCCCACCAACCCUUACUGCAUCUGCUACACGGCCCAUUUCAACACCUAUCUGGUUCUCAUCAUGUGUAACUCUGUCAUCGACCCCCUCAUCUAUGCCUUCCGCAGCCUGGAGCUGCGCAACACAUUCAAGGAGAUUCUCUGCGGCUGCAAUGGCAUGAACUUGGGCUAG